AACAAUAACAAAGGGAGCAGUUGAGACCUCGGAGGAGAAACGAAAAACAGCGUACUGCGAAACUCCGAAAUAAAGGGUCCACAAACUUUAAAUUUCUUCCGAGAAGAAUUGUAUAUAUAUUUUUAUAUUCGACACGACAAACAAUCUACCUCAAACCCUUGAAGUAAACUGUUUUUGAAGUCAACCCUCUUCCUGUUUACAUUACUUUUGUUGCCGCAGGGCCUUUGUUUUUGCACAAUCACCAAGAGCUAUGGCUGAACUUUAUCAGGUGUUCCUCAACUAAGAAGGAGUAACUAAUGCACUUCAGCACCUUUACCAAGAUCUCAGUGAACGGCUCCUGCAGCUGAUGACCAAAGAGCCUGGCCCUUGCCUACUGCCAGCAGGACUGUCCAGCCUCGCGUCUCCUCCCAGGACACAACUAUGUUCCAGAGGUUCACCAGUGUCUUGUUUGGAGACUCCCUGGAGGACAGCGGGUGUUCUGCAGAUGCUGACUUCAACGAGAAGGAGGACGACGAUGAAUGGAUUCUGGUCGAUUAUCUAGCUAAGGCCUGUUCCAGCGCAUGUGAAGAUGAUCUAGUGGAGGUGUGCACAGACGAUGUCGCUCUCCCGGAUGCUCCCGUGCGCUGCUCGUCCUGCUCCUCUUUGGACUCAGCAGACACUGACGCAGAAGACAACAGCUUUAUGCGUUUGGAGGCGGCGUGUGGGAUGGAAGAGAGCUGGUUUAUUACACCUCCGCCGUGUUUCAUGGCUGGGGGCAGAGCUCCGGUUCUCCUAGAGACCAGUCCACUGGAAAACCUGCUGAUCGAGCACCCCAGCAUGUCCGUGUACGCCGUUCACAGCCCACGCAAACGUCCUGCUAAAGAUGGCACCCGAGAGCAGAUUUCAAGAUCUGAAGUUCAGCACAGGCCCAAUCGACCCUCUGGUUGCUACGCUGCCGCCCUUGUCGCUGCCCACGCAGGCUUCCUGGAGCAGACCAAGAACGUUCGCCUGGCCCAACGCAUCCGAGAAAACGUAGAGCGUCAACAACUCUCCCGUAACGCCCUCCGUCGCCUCAAUCUGCUGCGAGAUGGCGGUGCCAGACAGGCUAAAGCCACCGGAGGCUACGUUCACCAGCCGGGACAGAGGCAGUACAACUACUGAGACGCUCCCCACCUGCACUCCCAACUGCCCACCACACCGGGUCUUUCGCCAGAAGGAGAAUGGAGUCCUUUUGAAUCAACGCCAUAGGUCACUUUACUUCACGGCAGGUUCCUCUCAACCUGAAUGUGUCUGCAUCAUGCGUUUCCUCUCUGAACAUCUUUUACGUUCUGUCUUGUGCGUCAUGAGGGUUAAAAUGUGUUGAAUGAAAAACCAAGCGUUCAUCUGGCGUCACCGGCGCUUCCCUUACAGUAGUUGUUGUUAGACUGAACGUGAUGUUUUAGUGCAGGCAGCUUGACACGUUUGUUGCCUUUAAACGUCUCUUUCCUGCUUUAGAGACACAGUGCGUUACUUUAAAGCCAUACCGAGUUCACAUCAGUGACUGAAGUGAAGGGUCACCAGCACUUGUGGUUAGGAAGGAACCUGUCUGUGGCUCUAAAAUAGUGCUUUCUUCCUUUAUAAUUUUCUUUCUCUCUCUUUCUCUUAAAAAAAACUUUUUUGUAAGAUAUACUGGGUUUAUAUCACUAAAAGCCUUGUUUCCGUAGUAGAAAAAUAUGUAAAAUCUAUUUAAAAAAAACUUCCAAAAUAUUUUCAAACGAAAAAAUAUAGAAUAUAUUACAUAUCAGUAUGAAGUUGAUAAGAGUGUGUGUUAUAUCUGCAUUAAUAUGUAUGUACGCAGCAGUUUUUCCUAUUUUAGUGACUGAUAUGUAUGACUGUGUAGUGUUUCCAACAACAAACGACGAAAUGAAAGCUAGUGUUGUAAUGUUAUAUUUCUUGUUUGCUUUACAUCUGCAGUACAUGUCUCAGGGUCAUCACUGUUCACCUUUGCUAAAAUGCAGAAUAAAAUGCAGAUGGUAAAUUGUCUUUGUACAUACUAGAGAACCUCUAACUAUGUUGAUGUGUGCGUGUAAAAAUAAUUAAUGUAAAUCUUUAACAAAAGAGUGUCUCACAAUUUGAAUGAAAGUGAAAUGUUGCUCAUCCGUGGACUGUGAAAUGAACUCUCUUAAUUGACUGUUAAAACAUUUGACGGAGUUAAACUGUUAGCAUUUUAUUUUUUCUCAGUGUAGUGACACUUCAUGUUGUACGCCUUUAUUAUGUUUAUUUGAAUAGUUACAAGUUGUAUUUGCUGAACGAUAUAUUUAAAGUAGCAACAAAACUGAGUUAUGUUUGUCUAUUCCUUUAUCACAUAAGACCUGGUGUUGUAAAUUUCUGGUAACACUGCCAAGGUAAAUGGUUCCCCUAAAUGAAUGAAAGUGAAAUCAGUAAUGCUGACAUUCAGCAAGGUGCAUAUAACAUGCAUUGGCAACUUAAAGAAAACAUUUAUGACUCAGUUAACAUGAUAAGUGUGUCAUAUGUACUUGGGUAUGAAAGGGCUGAGGACAUGCAAAGACUAUGCUAGGCCUGUUGUUUUAAUUUUUGUUGCUUUUUCCAGUCUGUGUUGACUAGUAACAUAGCAUUGUCUAACGUUUACUUUGUGGAUGAAGGGAAUGGAAGGGAUAUAAAGUACUGUUCAUUUUCCACGAGUAAUACUAGAGAUGCUCUUUUUCCCCAUGUGUCAGCAGAUGCCUGCAUGUUUGGUAUUCAUAACAGGGAUUUAAUUUAGCCUUGAAUCGCAUCUGGGGAUCAUGUGCCUUCCAGGUGAACAGUAUGACAAUGCAUCCGUAAAGAACUUGAAAUUUGUCCAAAGGGACACAAGCAAAUGUAAUUGACUAUGCACAGAGGAUUAUCUGGUCUCUGUGAGCCACUCGCUCUGUCGACUUUUUACACAAAUGUAGCAAAUGUUUUUUGUUUAAUGUGUGAAGUUUUUUUGUCUGUGGCAUUGCUAAGUUUUAGAGAAUGUGGUUUGGUUGAUUUUACGUAUACUGGAAUAAUACAGCACUUUGCCAAAAGUGUAAGGUUUUAGCGUUAUUUUCGCAUUGUUUAUUUAUCUAUUUCUUGAACUGAUAUGUUUUGGUUACAUGUCAUAUACAAACUGUUUUAUAUGCAUAGCAUAAUUUGCAAAUCAAUUGUCCAUUUCGUAUGUCUCGAAACCAACUAUUUGUCAGUAUGUAUACUCUCUUCUCAAUAAAUGUUUUAAUAGUACAA